AUGACGUCUUCUCCUAAGCGUCUUUGUGAGUUGCAAAUUACUCAAAGAAGAGAAAUAGAGCAUUUGCUAGAAAUUGGAGAACGUAAUCCAGGACGUGGGGCUAAUCAGAUUGGUAACUUGCAACGAGCAGGGGCAACUCGUUGGAGUUCUCAUUAUGACUCUGUAAAGAGUUUGAUAGAUAUGUAUGGUGCUACUUGUAAGGUGCUUGAGCAUCUAAGUGAGCAUAGUUCAAAUACAAGUUCUCAGGCUGAAGUUGGUGCAUUGAGGGAAGAUGGCUGGGAAGAAUUUCUACAGGAAGUGACUUCAUUUUGCUCAAAACAUGAUGUUUACAUACCUGACUUCAACAGUUCAUAUAGGGUUGGUCAUUCCCGUGGGCGAGAGUAUCCUACAGUUGAGCAUCAUUAUCAUUUUGAUGUUUUCAAUAAAGCAAUAGAUUUUCUUCUGAUGGAGUUAAAUACAAGAUUUAAUGAAACAUCAGUAGAACUCCUUUCUCUUAGCGCAGCAUUGGACCCUAAAAAUUCAUUUGAAUCAUUCAACAUAGAUGACAUUUGCAAGCUUGCAGAAAAGUUUUACCCUCAGGAUUUUACAAAACAAGAUAUUUAUUCCUUGAGAAUUGAGUUGCAACAUUAUCAGAGUGAUGUGAUUUUUGAAUCUCGAUUUCAAGUAUCCACUCUUUCUAAUUUAUGUCAGGAGUUGGUUGCGAGUAGAAGGUCAGAGAAUUAUGUUAUGCUGACACGACUGAUUUAUCUUGUGUUGACAUUACCCGUAUCUACUGCUAUAGUUGAAAGAGCUUUUUCAGCCAUGAAACAUAUCAAAACUGCAAUUCGUAACAAGAUGGAGGAUGGUUUUCUUGCUGAUUGUAUGACCAUUUAUAUUGAGCAAGAAUUUGCAAUGAAUAUAGAUGUAGAUGUUAGGAUCUUUGUGUUCGGCUAG